AUGCCGCCAUGGCACAGGCGUAAAGGACACCGAGCGAGGGUGAGGCCCGACGGAACCAGGCGCAGAACACAGGGAGAACUAGAGGCAAGAGCUGAGAGGCAGGCACAAAGAGCAGCGGUGACCCCUCCUCCUCCUCUCGCUCAUGCUUCAAGAAGAAGGCCUCCUUCUCCACCGCCGCCCAGCAGGAAGUGUGCCAGAGCAGACCCAGAGGCCGUAGAGGUUGUAGAGGUUGUUGACGUGGAGGACGUUGAAGAGGAACCAACUUCGGCGCCCGCAGUGGUACCGCGAUCCUCUGAAGGUUCCCGGUCUCCACCCACCGCCAAGUGGUGGCCAAGGUCACGAGCUGCGGCGCCCGACAGGGUACCGGGCCCCUCGUCGAGAGACAGUCGGUCACGGCCCUCUUCGUCUUCGUCCGGGAUGGCUCCCUUGGCGACAAGAUGUCCUCGGGAGGCGCCGCGAACUCCGGUUUAUGGCGAGCGUCGGCGCCGUAUCAGUGGGAUACUUAGUUGCAUCCUGCGCCACGACGCCGUCCGUCUCCGCGUCCCCAUCCUGGGUGACGGCACCUGUGAUCUGCGCACGCUGGUCCAGGCAAGGGACUUGCGCCAGCUCGGCGUUACCGAAGGCGAAGUUCUUUAUGUGGUCGACACCGACAGGAAGGGCAGGUUUGAAGAGAUCCAGUACCCCUCUAAACCCCGAAUAAGAGCAGUGCAGGGCCACAAUCGACAAGUCCAGGCCAGGCUGGAUGAUACCCGUAUGUAUGAGACUCUGACGGCUCGCUCGGUGGUGGGUCUCACAGCCUUUCACGGGACACGCCGUGACCGGCUGGCGGAGAUCAUGAACAGCGGUCUCCAGGCAGGCGGCCCCCGCGGGGACCGGGCCCACAUCCACAUGGCCACGAGCAUGGAUGGGGUUAGAGCAGACUCGGAGGUGGUGCUGGUCAUGAACCCCGAAAUCCUCCUGGCAGCCGGCCUCACGCUCUUCCGUUCACGCAAUGGCUACCUGCUGACGCCAGAUGCCAUCGCCCCUGAGCAUAUCCAGCGCGUCAUCCGCUGCAAAAGCAUCCAGCAAGGGACACAUGCGCAAACCCGUGCAUGCAGUGACACCUCAUCUUGUCUGUCAGUACAGCUUUACUCAUUUGCUGCCCAGGCUGCUUCCUGCUCUCGGCGCCCGUCUGGGUACCGUCAUAGGUCGUGGGCUCGGCACGGAGCAAACGGCAGACUGUAUCUGAGUAGGGUGUGGAAGUUCAGAUACGUGCCAGCUCCUUUCCGUCGGAGGUGGCAUCGACUCACCAGGGCCAGGGUGAGGCGCGCCCUUCUGUCUGUGCAGGGCUUGCAAGUUAGACUGCUAGGUAGUUGCGGAGCAGCCGUUUCAUGCCUGCAUGCCCGCCGACUUGCGCAGAUGGACCAAGAUAGAGGUAACUACUGGAGGCCCCACGGGGGACCCCGAAACCGCUAUAGGGAGGAUGGGACUCGGCGCCGCUCGGCGGGGGAGCUGGCCAAGCGGGCGACCAGAGCUGCUGAGAAGGCAGCACAGACGGCCCCCACUCAGGGGACCGCUGCAGCCGAGCCCGCUGCAGCGGCUGCAGCGUCUUCAACUGUGCCGCCGGCUACGCAGCAGCGGGUGGAGGCAUCUUCUGGCAAGCAAGCCCCAGUGGUAUCUGCCAUGUCUGCCAACGCACCAGCUUUUUACCCUAAGAUGACGCAAGCGGCCCCUUUCCUGGGAGCCGGAGUUCAGACUUCCCAGCAGGUGCCUCCGAUGGCUCCGUCACCUGUGCAACAGUCUGGGCAUGGUGCCAAAGCUGCCAUCACAUGCUGCCCCACUCACACAGCCGACCAGGGGGCUUCCAACGCGCAGGCUUCGGUGUCUUCCACGCCCACACCUUUGCCAGGACCCCCCCAACAGCCUCUCACCAAGGAUGUCUCUGGAGGCGCCACAGAACAGCAACAUUCCACUGCACACAGGUCAGUGCCGGCGCCAGUCCUGAUACCCGCGGUUGCUUUUACAGCCACAGAAUCCGAAUGUGUUCGAAUCUGGGGUAUCUUCGACUCUGUCAGAGAGAUUUCCCAUCGUCUUAAAGCUGCCGGGCAUGCUGAGCGGUAUCGGGCCUUCUUGGCCAAAGGCCACUACCGCAAGUACCACUCAGCCUUUCACAACUCUCCGGCCACCUCGGGUGUGCCGCGCGUGGGCAACUGGUGCGUGGGUGCUGCGGCGACCUGUCUGCUUCCCGAGGUCCACGUCUUUUUCCCAGGAGACCAGCCGGAAGCUGUGGGAGACGCGACAGAGGCGUGGUUUGGCCGGGAAUGUGGUGCGACGCUCCCUCAUGAGCCUCUCCAACUUCCACCUCCUGAAGUGGGUCUCGAAGCCUCCCGAUAUGAGUGGAAGCAGGACUUCUGUGCGCUGCUCAACCUGACCCACUCUCUCCACGAAGGUAUUCCGACAGGCCUGUAUAGGAAGCUUCACUGGUGGGACUCCUUAGCAAAUAGGGAACUAGCCUUUGCCCAGUUUUUUCCGCGCCCGAGUGGGCUGACGGCCCCCCAAGGGGACCGAGGCGCAGCUGCAGAGCCACUGCGGCCAGGGCGUCGUCACUUUCUCACGCCUGACUCAGACACAUCAGCUUCAGCAGUUGCUUCGGUUAAAGCUGCGAGUCACACUCGUAAGUUCCUCAAGCCUCUGUCAGGUACGUGGACUGUUUUCGCGGAAUCAGGCAUGGUGGCUCUGGCCUUGGAACUGGGUGGCCGUCCGGGAGCUGUGUUCACCUCCAAGGGUCUGCCAGGUUCUUCAACUGCUGCUCCCUCCCGCUCCCCCUAUGCGAAGCAUGGCCCCCGACUUACCGUGCUUACGCUCAAUGUGGGCGGUCUCUCGCAGGACGCGUGGGACGAAGUGCAGAUCUGGAUACAUGACCAAUGCACUCAGGACAUCAUCCUCCUGCAAGAAACACAUUGGUCACACAGCAAUAUGUUCUUUCUCCCUCGCUACAUUGUGAUCCAUUCGGGUACUGCUGGCCAUCGUCAUCAGGGGUGUGCGAUCUUACUAUCUAAGCAACGAUUCACACCCUCCGGAGUGCGGUGGGCGCCCAUAGUUCCGGGCCACCUCCUUCACGCGCGGGCCUCUCUGGGAACAAAGCCGGUGGACGUAGUAUGUUUGUAUCAGCACUGCUGGAGUCACAACGGGGAUACUGCCUCGCUUCUGCAACGAAGGGAGCGUCUCUGGGUACAGCUGGACAAACUUCUCGGAGGAGUUCCGCGGCGAAACGUGUUGGUGUUGGGCGGGGAUUUCAAUGUCGGCGGCCGUAUGGAUGGUCAAGUGUUCGGCCCAGGCACUAAAUCUGCCAGAGCGCCCCCUCCCGACCAGCCACUCUUUCAGAGUCUGUUGCAGACUCACUCCCUGCAAGCAAUCAACACUUGGAAGAGUGGCUUACGUGCCUUUACCUUUCAGAAUGGAGAAACGUUCACUCAAAUUGACUUUCUGAUUGGCCGUGCGCGUCAGGUUGAUGAUAUGGCUCGUGGCGCUGAGUCGGACCACAACUGUCCUGUCUUGAAGUGGCGGUACGGCCCUCUGCACCACCCGGUCUAUGGGUCGUUUCCUGCCUGCUGGUAUGCCACUGCGCCGGCCACUCCCAGUGUGCCGAAACAGGCAAAGCUUAGCCUUGCCCAAACUCCUGAAGCCAUUCGAGCCUUCCGCGAAAAACUGGCGCUUGCGUUGCCGAACGCUGAAACGCCGCAGGAGCUUAACGACUGUCUUCAAGAAGCGGCGACGCCUCUGAUGGUCGAAGAGCCUCGCCCUCCUCUCUCGCAUCUUCCACAGGUGCGCGGCUUAGUGGGAGCAAUGUGGGAGGCACGGCGUCGUGCUCUCGAGGUUUCUUGGUCGACUGGUCUUUCAGUGCUUCCUCUGAGCCUGUCAAAUAUUUGGGACGUGGUGGUGCGACUACACUUCACAGCCCGCGUCAGAAUACAGCUGCGCAGUGUCUGGCAGGGCUGGUGCUCGGCUGCGAGAUAUCUUGCCCUGCACAGGGCGCUGCGAAAGACCAGUCGUAAGGCGAGGCGGCAAGUGAUGGACGACCGCAUCUCCGCUGCGGCUCAGGCAGAACAACAAGGGGACCGCUCCGCUCUUUUUGCGGUCGUUCGAACGUUCAUGCCCAAACAACCGCGGAUGCGGACCCAGCUUCGGGGUCCGGAAGGCGAGUUGCUCUCCUCUGCAGCUGAAGCAGAUGCAUAUGAGGCAUACUGUCGUACGGUGUAUGCUCCUGCUCUCUCUGCGCGGGAAGAGCUCCCACCGCUGGCACCGCCAGCUGAAAACACUGCGCCGCCCGUGCCUCCAGCGGCUGUUUUCCCCCCGCUUUGGGCCGACUCCUGGCUGACUUGGUUGCCUAAGCAGGGGAAGACGGGUACCACCCCAGCGGAGCAACGCCCCAUAUCCCUGACGGAUUGCGGGGGGAAGGCGGUCACCAAGGCGUUCACCUCCCAACUCCAGCCCACUCUUCGGGAGGCGUUGGCUCCGUGGCCGCAAUUUGCUUAUCUCGGUGGUCGAUGCAUUGAGCACGCCGUCGCCAGAGUAACGGCCCACUGUGUGGCAGUUCGGGAUCGUCUUGCUUCCGGAAGAGUGACCCUGAAACAGCGCAGGGCCGGCAGUGGCCCACAGGGCCAAUGUUAUGGGGGAGUUAUGGUUAGUGUUGACUGCUCCAAGGCCUUCGACACGGUCGAUAGACAGGUCCUUAAAUCGGAGCUGUGCAGCGCAGGAGUCCACCCUGAGGACGUUGACUUCAUAAUGCGCAUGCACACGGCCAUCUCCUAUCACCCUGUGCCCAAGGAUCCCCGCCGCGCGGUUCACAGCAAACGGGGUGUUAGGCAAGGCUGCGCUUUAGCUCCAUCUUUAUGGUCGCUCAUCACCGUUGCCUUACUGCGUGCCCUCGCGGAGAAAUGCGGCACCCAAUGGGUCACCGACCUUGUCACUAUGUAUGCGGACGAUCUCCUGGAAACCUGGGAGGUGUACACCAGAAAGGACCUGGAUCUGCUCAUGCAGGCUGUCAGUCAGAGCUUUCAGCUGCUGGAAGCGCUCGGACUGCAAGUCCAGCCACAGAAGACCAAAGUGGUCCUCGCGCUUAGGGGAAGGCAAGCGCGCCUUUGGAUACGUCGACACACCUUGGACACCCCCGAUGGCAGAGUCCUUCUUAUCCCGGCCCCCAACGGGAAGCCGCACCAUCUGCCAAUUGUGUCCUCCAUCAAGUACCUGGGGGUAGUUCUCAGUUAUGGCGACUUUGAGGGCGCCACGCUGACACAUCGCCUGUCCUGCGCAGAAGCAAAUCGCUCUCGUAUUCUCCGUAUCCUUCACUCCCGAUCGGUUAGCUUGCGGCGUAGAGUUCAGCUGUGGCGGGCGUGCGUCUUCUCCUCAGCCGUGUAUGGCCUGCACGUUGUUGGCCUUCGGCCCAAGCAUCUCCGCAGGCUGACCGUUGCUCUGGUCAGACACCUUCGGGCAAUCGCUGGCAGUUUCGCGCACAUCCACCACGAAGCUAGUAGAGCUCUCCUUGACAGACUCGGCGUGGCGGACCCCCUGGAGGCGAUCCGGCAGAGGAACCAAACUCUAGUCGAAUCUAGCUGGAGUACCAAAGACCCGCAGGUCUCUCAUCCCAGGGUUCUAGGUCGACUCCGAGUGGUAAAUGAAGCCCUGACCCGACUCUCAAGUUCGCUUCGGGCCCAAACUGAGGCUGUUCAAGGCGAGCUCGUCGAUCAGGUGCUGCCCUCUCCGCCACAAUCUCGAGAGGGAGCUCCGUGGGGUCAGCUGGUACACAGCUCGGGCGGGCUUAAGGAAGCUCUCUUCCACUGCUGGCAUUGCGACCUGUGCUUCGCAGAAUUGGCUGCCUUGAAGCGUCAUCUGCAAGAUGCCCAUGAUGCUCACACCCUGCCGGACGAUCCUCCCCCCGUCCCUCCUGUCCCGAUGGAGUCAUCCACUCUUUCUGCUCCUCAGGCUUGGAUUCCUCUCGCAGACUGGCCACAGCUCCGCGACGCCCCCAUGAGUCAAUGGCUUGAGAUCUUCCGAAUUCCCUCGGCAGCUCAGAUCUUACGUGAGGGCUGUGCCCAAUGUGGGCAAUGGCUGGUCAGUGUAAAAAGCAUCAAACUUCACUAUAAGCAUGUGCACCCAGACAUUUACGAAGAACUCAUCGACCAGGAAAUGGCGGAGGUGUUCGGCAAGCGGCCCCAUGCAGGGAAGCCGGGGCAGGAGAACGCAGUCCGCGACAGGGAGGAGAUGACGCUCCGGAUGGGGCAACUGCUGCUGCGACACACGGACUACCUAGCCCGCCUGCGCUCGGACCACACGGUCAUCAUCACAUACCGCAACGACGACACCCCGGAAUGCCUCCUGCCCGCCCUCCUAGAGAAGGCCGAGACCUGGCGCCGGCUGAAGCUCGAGAAGUCGCCCAACCUCACUCGGACACUUCGGCAAACGCUCCUUCUCUACACGCUUCAGGAACUCCGGGAGAGAGCUAUGAUGCUGGAGACCUCUGCAGCACAGGCGCAGGCAGAUCGCACCCGCUUCACGGAACUGCGCUGGAUGACGGCAGAGGGUCAUUGGAACCACUUGGUCUACGACCCGAGCGAGGUCCUCAAGGAGCUGGAGCGUCUCAUCAUCAUCUUCAAGACGCCGGAACUGAUCCUCAAGUACGACUCCUUUCGCCCUCUCAAGGGCAAGUUGGAGGGUCCGCUCAUGACGUUCCAGCUGGAGCUGUCUCUGCAGAGCCCGGUGGCGCACGAAGCCAUGCAGAUUUUGAGGGGGUGGUUUGGACUGUCCCACAUGCUGCUCAUGGGCGCCCGCAUCAAGCCGGAGCGAGCAAUCCGGCCACAUUUGGCACAGGCUCUACAGCAAGCUCUGUUCGGAUGA